UCACUUUACUAUCCUAGUACACCACACAUCAAUCGGCCAAUAACAAAAGAGCAUUUAUUUGGCCACGGCGACAAAAAGGCCAAAAGAGAUCGAGUGCACAGCCAAAUUACGCUGCUCCAGCAAUGGCUCCUCCGUCCCUAACAAUUCUUGAGACCUCCCAAAUCUCCCCUUCAGCAGCAGCAGCAGCAGCACCACCACCACCAACAAACUCUCUCCCGCUCACCUUCUUCGACAUCUUCUGGCUCUACUCCCCGCCCGUCGAGCGCCUCUUCUUCUACGAAUUCUCCGCCGCCGCCGCCGCCGCUCCGUCCUUCCUCCCCGCACUCAAAUCCUCGCUCUCCCUCGCGCUUCAAUCCUACUUCCCCCUCGCCGGCCGCCUCCGCCGUUCCCCCGCCGCCGCCGACAGGUACGAGAUCUUCUGCUCCGCCGGAGACUCCGUCGCAUUCACUUUCGCAGAAACGGUCGACGGCGGCGAGUUGGACUUCGACGAGCUCUCCGGCGGCCGCCCGCGCGACGCGGCGAAGCUGCGGAUGCUGGUGCCGGAGCUCGAGCUACGUACCGAUGAGCGGCCACAGGCCUUGCUGGCGAUCCAGGUGACCGCGUUCCCGCGCCGCGGCGCCGCCGUCGGCGUCGCGGUGCACCACGCCGCCUGCGACGGCUCCACCUCCACGCGGUUCUUGAACGCGUGGGCGGCCGACUCACAUCCAAGCGAUCAAGAAGUGGAUCGCGGCGAGGUCGCCGCGGCC